AGUGAUAGAAGGCUUCAUGAUACAGGCUGGAGAUCCAGAGUCCAAAGGUAAUUCUAAAAAUAAAAAAUUGGGUUCUGGUGGUAAUUCAUACAUGAUACCUGCUGAGUUCAACCCUAAACUAAUACACACCAAAGGCGCACUUGCAGCUGCUCGAACUGGUGACAAUGUCAAUCCUAAAAAAGAAUCAUCUGGCUCACAAUUCUAUAUCGUACAUGGCAAAUCACAGACUGAUAAGCAAUUAGAAAAUUACGAACUACAAAAAGGCAUAAAAUAUAGCGUUGAAGAUGCCAAUAUCCUAAAAACCUUAGGUAUAGAUGUAGGCGGUACUGGCAUCAAGUCUAACAUUGUAAAUAUUGAAUCUGGUACACUGACAGGCGAAAAAUUCAAAUUAAAGACGCCCGCGCCAUCCACACCAGAAGCUAUAAUAGAUUGUCUAAAGUCCACGGUAGAAAAUUUCAACUGGACUGGAAAACGCAUAGGAAUUGGGUUUCCAGCUGUCAUAAAAAAUGGAAUAUCUCUUACAGCCAGUAAUAUCGAUGCUAAGUUUAUAAAUUAUAAUAUCGAUGCUGAAUUUAGCACUGCACUGGACUGUGAUGUCACUGUCGUAAAUGAUGCAGAUGCUGCUGGGAUAGCGGAGAUGACCUACGGAAAAGGAAAAGGUGUACAAGGAUUGGUUAUUUUCAUCACGCUCGGUACAGGCAUAGGCUCAGCAGUCUUUUAUAAUGGUCAGUUACUAAGCAAUACCGAGCUAGGCCACCUGAAAUAUAAAAAGUCUAUUUUCGAAAAAUAUGCAUCCAACUAUGCCCGUGAAUUCCAUCAUCUGAGUUGGAAAAAAUGGGCCAAAGAACUUGAUAUUUAUCUAAAUCACCUCAAUCUAAUCCUUAGCCCAGACUUGAUAUUGAUCGGUGGUGGCGUCAGCAAAAAUUUUGACUUGUACAAGAACUUUCUCAAUGUACCCGUCAAAGUAGAUACCGCAUCUUUGCUCAAUGACGCUGGA